CUUGAAGUCCCGCCAGUCGGGUUGAGGUCUGGACUUUGUAUUUGAAAACAACCCUUUGCACUGCUAAGAAUUUGUGAUUGACCCAGUCAACUAGUGAAUUUCAUCAUUGAAUGGAUAUUCGAACUUGGAUCUGAGUAGUCUUCCAUGUGUUAAAUGAAUCACGAUUAAUACAAAGAAGAUGUCAUAAAAGAAGAUGGCAAUGAGCACUCUGGACAACUGAGGAUAACAAGCAACAUUGAAGACCAAAGCAAGUCACUCCAGGAAUCAAAAUAUUUUCCAUUUUCUUCAGACAGCUACACAAUUCUUCACCUUCCUCGGCAGGUGAGAGAAAAACGAGAGAAAAUGAAGAAGAGAUUUCUAACUGGGAAAAAUAGAGUGUGAAAUUCAAGCAUACAUUACAUGAAAAGUCAAAGGAGAUUAUUCUUCCAUUGAGCAAAAAAAGGAAAUAUCUGGUAGUCAGUGGGGGGGAAAACAUCAUUUGGAAAGGUAUGUAGAGCAGACAGUGUUGCAGGCUUCACUCUGGGAGGAAGAAAACGGCUUGAAUUAAAGCUUCAGUAAAUAAGGGAUCAUUGAUAUUUUAGACCUCCUCAAGAACAUUAGUUGUGGAAAAGCUCCAUAGACAUGCCUAUUGUGGGAAAGAUACAACUUGCAAAUCACAGUUGAUUAUACCAGAGAGGAUCCCGACUGGAGAAAAACCAUACAAAUACUCUGAAUGUGGCAAAACCUUUUGUCAGAACAACGCCAUUGUGGUCCAUGGAAGAACUCACACAGGAGAGAAACCCUACAAGGGCUCCCAAUGUGGUAAAUGCUUUAGUGAGCAUGGCAACAUGGACUCACACCAAGGAAAAACUGUUUGAAUGUCCUGAUUGUGAGAAAUGUUUCUGUGAUAAUUCCAGCCUUGUGAGACACCAGAGAACUCACACAGGAGAGAAACCUUUUGAAUGUCCUGACUGUGGGAAUAGUUUCAGUCGAAAUUCUCACCUCGUUUCACACCAGAGAACUCACACAGGAGAGAAACCCUUUGAAUGUCCUGUUUGUGGGAAAAGUUUCAGUCACAAUUCUAGCCUGGUGAUACACCAGAGGACUCACACAGGAGAGAAACCCUUUGAAUGUCCUGAUUGCGGGAAAAGUUUCAGUCAAUAUUCCAACCUCAUUGGUCACCAGAGGACUCACACAGGAGAGAAACCCUUUGAGUGUCCUGAUUGUGGGAAAGGUUUCAGUCACAAUUUCAGCCUGGUGAAACACCAGAGGACUCACACAGGAGAGAAACCCUUUGAAUGCUCCUAUUGUCAUAAAAGUUUCAGUCACAAUUCUAGCCUGGUGAUACACCAGAGGACUCACACAGGAGAGAAACCCUUUGAAUGUCCUGAUUGCGGGAAAAGUUUCAGUUGGAAUUCCAGUCUGGUGAGACACCAGAGAACUCACACAGGAGAACACCCCUUUGAAUGUCCUGAUUUUGCUAAAAGUUUCAGCUAUAAUUCCAACCUGGUGACACACCAGAGAACUCACGCAGGAGAGAAACCCUUUGAAUGUCCUGAUUGUGGGAAAAGUUUUAGUCAGAAUUUCUGGCUGGUGAUACACCAGAGAACUCACACAGGAGAGAAACCCUUUGAGUGUCCUGAUUGCGGGAAAAGUUUCAGUCGGAAUUCCAACCUAGUGAGACACCGGAGAACUCACACAGGAGAAAAACCAUAUGAGUGUCCAGAUUGUGGGAAAGAUUUCAGUAUUAGGACUAGCCUUUUAAAUCAUAUGCUUAUACACACAGGGGAGAAACCAUUUGAGUGCCCCGAGUGUGGAUGGUGCUUCAGGAAACAUUCCAGCCUUAUUGCACACACGAAAAUCCAUAUGAGGCCCCAAGUGAUAAGUGUAGAGAAGGCUUGAAUCUCAUUUUUAAUGUUCCAUUGUAACUCAAGUUGAGAAAUUGACUGUUUAAUUUGACUACAAAGGAUUUGCCUAUUUUUUUUGUAGGCAAAUAUGUAAUGGUAUUAGACAGGAAGGAGGAAGGAAAGAAUGGCAACAUAUUAUUUUAAUAAUGCCUAUCUAACCAUCAGCAGCAGAACUUGCUGGAUAUGGGUAGUCCUCGGGUUACGAAUGUAAUGGAGCCUGCCCAUUCCAUCCGUAAUUGAGAAUUUGUGGGAGUGAAUCUCAUACAUUGAAUGACAUCACUCCCUGCUUUCGCCCAGGCAUUCGUUGCUUUCCCACUCCCGAUCAGUUUGAUGAGGCCUCUGACACCGAGAAAGAAGCCCUGAGAAGGUGUGCGCAGUCUCUUGGGACUGCUUUCUAGUCGGCAAAGCGCUUGAGGAUUGUGUUCCUGUAGGCUUUGGCAGCCCUUCGCAAAAAGCCUUUGCCUUCAGGAACAGGGUUUCGGAGGGAUGUACCCACUCUUCCCAAGUUCCGCUGGUGCCAAUAAAGUCUUUUUGCAAAGGGCUGCUGAAGCCUACAGGAAUGCAAUCUCCCUACAAGCUUCAGCAAGGAAAUGGCAAACAGAGGGAAGACCUGAGGGACCAAAGCAUUUCCUCUGUUUGCAAACAUCCAGGUCUCAAUUUGCAGAGAAUAGAGGCCCUAAAUGCGAGAUUACACAAGAUCUCAUCCUACUGAUCUCGCGAUAUGCUAAGCCUCUGUUCUCUGCAAAUGCAGGCAAAUAGAGGAGAUAUUUCCAAGAUAAGUGAAGGCAAAGUGCUUGUGAAGACCCGGGGUGGGGGAUAGGGGUGAAUAUUGCAGAGCCACUGGUCGUUCAUAAGGGUGAAGUGCUGUGGUGGUGCAAUAUUUAUAAUUUGGUGAUUUGUUCAUAAACACUAGGGGGCACUUAUCUUCGAACAUUGGCUAAGAGAACACACGUAACUCAGGGAUUACCUGUAUUUAUUUUUGCAGAAAUUGUGCAAUUCUGUAAAAAUCUUUUUGGGGUUUUCUUUGCAUUUUUAUCAUGGUAGAUGAUAGAAAUGCCAUGUACAGAGUCCCAGCCUUUUUCUUCCUGGGUGUCCGCGAGAUUUUCAGCCCCAGAAUUCUCUAGCCAGGAUCUCUUGUGAAUUGGAGCACUCAGAAUAUAGGUAGAGAUUGUGGCUCCUUAUCUAAGGAGAAAGAGAGAGGAGAUGAGAAGUAGACAGGAUUUCAAAUUCAUCUUUUCCUACCAGUUCCAGGAAUUCAGUGCACCAAGCAUAUCUGUUCAGGUUGUGUCAAGAAUGAGGCACACAAGUUGAAGAUACCAUAUGAAUAGCAAAUAUAUACGGGGAGUUUGGGGCACUGACAAAACUAGUGUAAAAUUUCUGAUAUAAAGACUGUUCUGCCUUCCACGUGACCUUCAUGGAGAAGAGCUGUAGGAAUAUUGAGUUGAGGAGAAAAGGGAUUGUGGUUUUGAGCACAGGACCUCUAGGUUUAUUUGCAACUCCUGUGAUCUCCUUUGUUUUUUUAGGGGCUUCCUUGUUAGUCUUUGACGGCUGGUGGGUGAGAUCAGCACCAAGGGACUGAUACUUUUGUGGUCCCCCCCCCUUGGUGGGGAGAUGUGAGGGGAAAAAUGGUACACUAGAUAAUGCAGAUCAAUUAUCCUGAUUUUUCUGGGAUGAGAAGACACCAUAUAAUUAGAGGAUUGUUUAUUUCACCAACAAGAGCCUUGAUAGUACAGUGGUUUAGUGCACCCUGUUAUUAACACAGCUGCCUGCAAUUUCUGCUGGUUCGAAUCUCUCCAAGGCUCAAGGUUGACUCAGCCUUCCAUCCUUUCUAAGGUAGGUGAAAUGAGGACCCAGUUUGUGGGGGCAAUAAGCUGACUUUGUAUAAAAUAUACAAAAGUAUGAAGGCUAUUGCUUAACGUAUUGUAAGCUGCCCUGAGUCUCCGGAGAAAGGCGGCAUAUAAAUCAAAUUAAAAAAAAAAAAAAGAUUCAAAAAGACAGGUUACAAUGUUUUUUAGUAGAUCACAUUACCCGUGCUCCCUUUGAAGGACAGCCAACAACCAGGACCAGGCCAGAUGUGUGGAGAAACCAAGAGGCUCUUGGCCUGAGUCUUAAAUCCAAGUGAUUUCAAAUUUAAAGAUGUGCAAAAUUUCUAAAAUUUAAAAUGGUAAAAUUAUGCUUAAUCUAUUUAUCUUUUUCUCUUUCCUUGGUGUCAUAUUUUAGAGCACAUGUUUACCACGUUAUCUUACGGUUAGCAGUUCGAAAUGCAAUGUUCUCAAAGCCUCUCAUAGGGCUAUAUAACAAUAUCAAGCAAAAUUAAAUAAAGCCAAUUUAAGAGUCAUAGGGGAUGGUCUACAGGGCGAGGUCAAAAGUCAUAAAUUCCCAAUCAGAGGAACAUUCUUUUUCGUCAGAAUCAAAAUUUGUAGUUGAGAUUGAAAGGGGUAAAAUAUGUGUUAUUUGGAGGAUACUGGGUCUUGAAAACUGCAGCCUUGAAUUUGGGGCUGGAGUAGCAGGAACAGCUGAAUGGAUAGAUUUUGUGGGGAGGAGGAAGAUCUAGUCUGGUGGUCACCAGGCUAAAGCCUGAGAUGGUCAUUUGUGAUCCUGCUUUAGUGUCUGGAGAUUCUCAGUCAUCCCGGUCAUGGUUGUCCCAAACAUGUUUUUUCAAGAGGCAUUUGGACUUUCUCAUUUUUCUUUGAAGACAUUUCACUUCUCGUCCCAGAAGUUUCUUAGAUCGGAGCUGAAGAAGCUUCUUGGAUGAGAAGCGAAACGUCUUCAAAGAAAAAUCAGAAAGUCCAGUUACCUCUUAAAAAGCACCUUUAGGUUCUGUUUUAGGCACAAAGACAUCUCAGAGACUUUGACCUAUCGCGUUGUCUCAGGCCUUGGAAAGGGGAAAUCCACUUUCAAAAAAUCUUGCCAAGGAAACUGCAGGGAAAUGGAAGUGCAGGAUAACUUCCCAAAACCUAUUUUUGCAACUGAGCGAACCUUGAAGAGAGAACCUUGACCUACUUAGCUUCUCAAGAUUAGGGAGGUGUUGUGCCAUAAAUAUUUAUGAAGUUCUUGUUUGUAUGCACAGCCACUAAAUGAUUUCCAGCUUCAUCCUAUGAAUAGAAUAAUGAAACAUGGAAAAAUAACUGGGAACAUCCACCUUCCAAACCACAUCUAGAUAGGAGAGAUUCUUUCUGUCUGCAUCCUUGCAGAGCCUAAAUCUCACUAGAGGGAAGACUUGCUUUGAGCAGCCGUCCCAAUCUCCACAGGAGUUAGAUUUAUUAUUCCCAAACUUUUGGGCAAAAGACUUGGAGGGCUAUACUUUGCAGAAAGCUGAUGUAUAGAUUUCUGCACUUUCUUAGGGGUGACUCAGUGGAGAUCAAAAUCUCUACAUCCCCAAACUUUAUGACUGAUUUGCUGUGUCUACCAAGGAUUUAAGACCCAGGAGAAUCAGUGGGUCAGAGGCUCAAAGGGAGCCAGCUUCAUUCGUACUGCCCAGAGAUGCUUCCAAGCACACCCAUGCUAAAUGCCUUGUGCGUCUGUGCAUACACAGAAGUCUCCAUUAGGUCAAAGUGAGAAAGUCACAUACCCAGCAGGGCUAGAAAAGGGGGCUUAACAAGAGGAGAUGACUGUCUGUAUAUGGUAAGAGAAAUGUUUCCAAAAGGCAUUUCCAAGGACUGGAAAAAAGAUUGGUAAUACAGAUGUUCAUGCAACAAUGUACCACUCUUUGUUUGAUACCCAUUCCUUUUUUUCAUUGUAAAUUUUAAUCUAAUAAAAUAUACAAAAUUCUUGCCAAGGAAACUGCAA